AGCCGCGAAGAAGAACACAACAACGACGAAAGCGAAAAGCCAACUGAUUUUUGGAACGUGUGCAUUCUGUGAUAAAAUUAAGACCCUAUAUCUGGUGAUAAUUAUAAUAUAUUUGCUAAAUGAAAUUAUUCGGUGCCAUCAGAGGGAAAGGCUGAUUGUAUGCGACAAAGGCGAAGAUUAUAACCGGCGUUACGAACAAUAUAUAAUUUAACGGUCAUGGGAGAACAUCAUACCACUCCGAAGAAAAAAUCUGUCUGCAUGGAGAACGAUGCAAUCUUUAAAACUUUAGAGAAACUCACCGCCCCAGUCAGCAACAGUCCGAAGAUACCAACCAUCAAAGAUUUCUGCAUUUUAAAACCUAUAAGCCGCGGUGCGUUUGGGAAAGUUUUCCUAGGCUACAAAAAGAAUGAUGAAAACAAGCUGUUUGCCAUUAAGGUAAUGCGCAAAUCAGAGAUGAUCAACAAAAACAUGAUCUCUCAGGUCAUUACAGAACGCAAUGCUCUAGCCCUUUCUCAUAGCCCAUUCUGUGUGACACUGUACUACUCGCUGCAAUCGAUCUCGUCGGUGUUCCUUGUGAUGGAAUAUAUGGUGGGCGGAGAUUUGAAGUCCCUUCUAGCUAUGUACGGCUUUUUCGAGGAACCAGCGGCCCGUUUUUAUGCGGCCGAGAUUUGCCUAGCACUGCAGUACUUGCACGGACACGGCAUCGUACAUCGUGACAUCAAACCGGACAAUAUGCUAAUCUCGGCCAAUGGGCACGUGAAACUUACGGAUUUUGGCUUGAGUCGCAUCGAAAUGAGCCGUGAUUUGGAGAUUUCCGAUUUGAUCAAUUGUUCGCCGAAUCUGAAUGCUCGCACACCUGGUCAGCUGCUUUCGCUUACAUCGCAUCUAUCGUUUGGGUCGCAUGAAAAGCGCCAGAAUGAACAACUCGAUAAGGAGCGUCUGCAGCGAUCAUCCGAGAAUGAAUCGGAAUGUUCGUUUUCCAACUCACGACAGAACGAGAGCAAAAUGUCUGGCGUGAGUCCAUUCUUUUCAGCGGAGCAGAAUGCCAGUCUGGUGGAGGGUCUUAAUAAGGGUGAUAGAGGGUCUGAUUUGACAUCAUCGUAUUAUACGUGCAGUUCUAGCAUUGAUGGGAAAAUAAGCAGCGGGAGCUAUGAGUCUAUUGGUGAUGGUAAUAUUCAAAUCACAUUUGGCAGUCAGAGGGAGGAGCUGGUUAGUAAGGGCAAAGAAAACUUCGAUGGUAAUAAGGUUAAAAAUGCAGAAAAAUUUGGACAACAAUUCAAAGAUUCGUUUGAGUUUCUAGCGGCUCCCUGCCACAGGUUUAAAACGGCCAUCAGCAACGAUUCAGGCGUUUCGAGCCGUAAGAGCGAUAUAUCGAACAUCCCUGCGGAAUUGUCCUCUAUUGAGAGAGUAGAAUGUUCCAACAACAGCAACAAAGAUGACUACACGUGUUCUGAUUUUUCACGCAGUAUGAGCAACAUUAAUGAAUCCAGCAAUUCGAGACACGACUGCCAUUCGCCUAUUAAGAACGGUUCACGUUGCUUCAAGAGGCCGGAAUAUUUUAGAGGAAUCAAACGAAAGCGGCAUCUGGUUAGCCGGGUGGACUCACUGACAUCCGAUCCGGACGGCAGUACGACUAGUACCGGUCUAACGCAGGAAAUUGACGUUAUGGACAUCGGGAGUAGCACGCCGAAAAAGCGUAAGGCAACCUCCCCGAUCAAAGGCGUUUUGAAGGUGCGCUCACUGUCGGACGAUGAAAUGCCAGUUAACGGACAUUUGGGAAAUGUGAUGUUCUCAACGCCGGUCUCCUCGCAAAAGAUUCGCCGCGAAGGAGGCCCUCUCGAGAAGUUGAAAAGUACUCGUUUUACUCUUCCGUCUUCGGUUGAUAAGCCGCACAAGGUGCAGGCAUUCCUUAAAAUCAAUGACGAAUCCGUGAUGUCUCCAAUCUGUACUGGUAUUUCCCUGACCAACAAUGUAGAAAAUACACCCAAAACCGUAAAGACACCAUACCGUACUCCGAAAUCGGUAAGACGAGCACCGCUCGGUUCGGAUGAACGGAUCCUGGGAACGCCAGAUUAUCUCGCACCGGAGCUUCUGCUCCAGCAGGGCCAUGGCCCUGCCGUGGACUGGUGGGCACUGGGAGUAUGUUUGUACGAGUUCAUGACCGGUGUUCCUCCCUUCAACGACGAAACACCCCAGAAAGUGUUUGAAAACAUCCUUAGUCGAAACAUCGAGUGGCCCCAGGGCGAUGAGUCGCUCUCGAACGAGGCUGUCGAAACCGUUGAGCAGUUACUAGAGAUGGACCCACUAAAGAGACCCCAGGCUUCGCAGAUGAUGGACAUGGCCUUUUUCGAAUCGAUUGAGUGGGACAACCUAGAAGCGACCAGUCCACCGUUUAUUCCUAACCCAGACGAUCCACAGGAUACCGGUUACUUCGAGGCGCGCAAUGUUAUGCAGCAUCUGAAGCUCUCUAAUUUCGAUAUGGAGUCAUACUAACUAGCAGCCGGACACUGGGGGUCGCGUGGAGACUAUUGGUACUUUCGUUAAUAAUUUAGUGUGUAUGAACAUUGAUUAUAGAACAAUCGGAAAAAAAUGAAAGCUCACAAUAUUUUACUAGUAAGGCAUAUAAGGACAUCAUUAUAAGUUGUUUUUAUUAUUAG